AUGGCGGAAGCUAUCGCCCCUGCAGAGCUGCCCACAAUCUUCGAUGCCUCGACAUGUGUACGCAAGGGAAUGUGCCCCGUCAUGGCUCUCCAAGGGCAGGAAAAGACGGCAAUGCAAAGCCAUUCCAUCUACUUUGAGCAACAUGGUACUGGUCCCGAGAAGGUGGUAUUUAUCAUGGGACUGAAUACGUCCUCAUUCGGGUGGAUAUACCAAGUCAAACAUUUUGCCCAAACACAUUCAGUUCUCGUCAUGGACAACAGAGGUGUCGGCAACAGUGAUACCCCAAAGGGACCCUAUACGACAUCAGCUCUCUCCGAGGAUAUUCUUACUCUGCUCGAGUAUGUCGGCUGGAAUAACGGGCGCGAGUUGCAUAUUGUCGGCAUCUCUCUUGAACUUGCUCUGAGGAUUCCGGAGCGUAUCCUCUCGCUGACGUUGGUUGUGACCAAGGCGGGAAGUGCUGGCCUGGUGUCGAACCUUACACCUUGGAAGGGAAUAAGUAGCUUGGUGUGGCUCACAUUUACGACGGACGAUAGCAAGAAGAUGGACAUUGUCCUUCCAAUGCUAUAUCCCGAGGAAUGGCUAGACGCAAAGUCGACGCUUCCGAAUGCGAAAGGUCGAACGAACAGGGAAGUCGUACGAGAGGGACUUGCAUACCGAAUCAAGAACACUCGCAAGCAGACGUUGGCCGGAUCCAUUGCUCAAACUGCGGCGGCAAGAUCCCACCAUGUGACCCCCGACCGGCUUCAUAAGCUCGGGCAAAGCAUACCCAAGAUCUGGAUUGUCACUGGAGACGUGGACCACCUUGUCAAGCCUGUCAAUAGCGAGUUUCUCCACCAGCACAUGCCUCAAGCAGAGUAUCAGGUGUGGAAGGGAGUAGGCCACGGUAUCAUUGGACAGGAGCCAGAGAAAUUCAACAAGAAUCUCGAGAGGGUGAUCCGAGAAGGAAGGGAGAUUGGGAGCAAAGCCCCUUGGGUCUGA